ACAGUGUGUGUACCUGUCAGUGGUAAACCAUAAUAACUGUCUCUGUUUUACUCUCUGACACAGCCUUAGCUGCUGUGUUCAGCACAAGGCAUCUUCAAUCAUACAACUGUCAAGCAAACACUGCAAUUAUGACAACAAAGCUGCGCUCAAUCCUGAGCAGAAGCUCACAGCUUCUCUUUCUUGAUGUCUGUGAGAUGCUGUACUUGUGCCCCCUCUGCUGGGCCUUAUAGAAAGGAUGUACGGUAUGUGUUAGAAAUCAGGUACGGGAAGCAAAGCAUAUCAACACAUUCAAGGCCAGGCUGACUAACAGUUAUUUUAUAUCGUCCUUUAAUCUGUUGUUGUUGUUAGACUAUAAAAUGUCAGAAACAGGAGAGAAAUUCUCAUCAUAGUUUCCAAGAUGAAGAAGAUGACCUCUUUAUACUACUUUUUUUUGCCUGAGCAACACUCAUUUUUUUAUUAUUUGAAACAGUGACAACCAGCUAAUUUUUCUCAGUUUAGAUGCUGGAAAACACCAAAUAUUUAUCUUUUUUGUUGGAAAAAUAUCCUCCUCCUGUUUUAGCACUGGGCCCAAUUAUGAGCUAACUUAAUUGUGGCUAUUGUUUUUGCAUGAACAGGUAAAGAAAGAACGAAAGAAAGAAAGAAGGGACAGGUUUUUGAGUGUUUUGGCCUGCACUAAAGGCAUGUUGCAUUCAUGUCCCUGUUAAAUGCACCACAUGGUAGCCUAAACUAUUUUUUUAGCUGAAUGACAAAAAAGGCAGUUAUAUCAACGGAAUAUUUAUUUUGUUAAUAUUUUGUUUCAGAAACAGACCGUUACGUGGGGUCAAACGAAGAUGACGAAUCUGAAAGUGUGUUGUUUUAUUUACAUUUAUAAAUAGUCAUCGCGUGGCCACCGUUUUUCUCUCCCUAAACGUCUCAUUUUACAGUUUAAGGUGUUAACCGUUACACUAAAAAGCCAUCCUCCUUGCCCCUUUCACAAUGAAAGUAUUACACCGAUAUGUAAAGAAUAAACGUGCACUUUGAAUCUGAAAAUUCCGUUUACCAAGAAGGCAACCUCGGUCUGGAGAGCCUUUCAGUUCUGUGACGUAGGACGUCAAUGCGUACUGCGCAACGCACGUUUGUGUCCAGGAGCGCCAUUGGAAGUUUGAAGAGGCCGGCUACGUUGUCCCCAUUGAAGGGGCACCUUCUAGUCACACGGACCCAUCAUGUAUCGUUCCAAACCAACCCUGAAGGACCGACAGCACCUGUACAAGCUCAUCAUAAGCCAGCUGCUCUACGACGGAUACACCAGCAUCGCCAACAGUCUCAUCACUGAGGUCAAACCACCUAAUGUAGUGUCGCCCUCUGAGCAGCUGAUGCAGCUGGCAAAGACAGGGAUGGAGAACGACGACACUGCAGUUCAAUAUGCCAUCGGGCGCUCGGACACAGUGGCGCCGGGCGUGGGCAUUGAUAUGGAGUUUGAUGCCGAUGUCCAGUCCAUGUCCCCGGAGGCGUCGGAGUAUGAGACCUGCUACGUAACAUCGCACAAGGGCCCGUGCCGCGUCGCCUCAUACAGCCGAGACGGCCAGCUGAUCGCCACUGGCUCUGCCGACGCGUCCAUCAAGAUCCUGGACACCGAACGCAUGCUGGCCAAGAGUGCUAUGCCUAUUGAGGUGAUGAUGAAUGAGACAGCGCAGCAAAACAUGGAGAAUCACCCCGUGAUCCGGACACUGUAUGACCACGUAGACGAGGUCACCUGCCUCGCCUUCCAUCCCACUGAACAGAUUCUAGCCUCUGGCUCAAGAGAUUACACCCUCAAGCUGUUUGACUACUCAAAGCCCUCUGCAAAAAGAGCAUUUAAAUACAUACAGGAAGCCGAAAUGCUGCGUUCGAUCUCCUUCCACCCAUCGGGCGACUUCCUGCUGGUGGGAACGCAGCACCCCACCCUCCGCCUCUACGACGUCAACACCUUCCAGUGCUUCGUGUCCUGCAACCCGCUGGACCAGCACACGGACACCAUCAGCGGCGUCGGCUACAACCCCAGCGCCAACAGCUACGUCAGCUGCAGCAAGGACGGCAGCAUCAAGCUGUGGGACGGCGUCUCCAACCGCUGCGUGACCACCUUCGACAAGGCCCACGACGGAGCCGAGGUGUGCUCCGCCAUCUUCUCCAAGAACUCCAAGUACAUCCUGUCCAGUGGCAAAGACUCCGUGGUCAAACUGUGGGAGAUCUCCACGGGCCGGACACUGGUCAAGUACACAGGGGCGGGGCUGAGCGGCCGUCAGAUGCAUCGCACGCAGGGCGUGUUCAACCACACGGAGGACUACGUGCUGCUGCCGGACGAGCGCACCAUCAGCCUGUGCUGCUGGGACUCCCGCACAGCCGAGAGGAAGAACCUGCUGUCUCUAGGCCACAACAACAUUGUGCGCUGCAUCGUCCACUCGCCCACCAACCCCGGCUUCAUGACCUGCAGCGACGACUUCAGGGCCCGCUUCUGGUACCGCCGCACCACCACGGACUGAGGCUGCCCUCCUCCUCUCCACUCUCACUCCAUCGCCACUCGUCCGAGAACCUAACAGGAUGCUGGACUCUCUGUGAACUCGCCACUUCCUUCUGAUCUGUGGUGACUUUCAUUUGUGAUUUGCAGUGGAACUUCUUGGGCAGCACUUAAAGGGUAACUUCUAUAUUUUUCAAUUUCAAAAUUUGUUGCCCCCUCAGUCACGUAGGCCGUGGUUUCACUUUUCGGCGCAACUUCUGUGAUUGAAUGGGCGUAUGAGUCUCCACACGACCUGACUGAUUGGAUAUAUUCGUGGUCAAAGGAGCGGCUGUAAAACAGGGGAACGCAUCUCGUUUCCUAAAAAUUGUUCACGGUAAAAGUCCUCCGUAAUUUAGUUUAAAUUGAAAGCUUUUAUUUUGAACUGUUGGGUUCUCAGGACUCGGACAGCAGGUGUCGGCUCUGUUCUCUUCGAGAUGAAGAUGAUGGAGACGUUUUGAUAACUUGUCUGGAUUGUGUCCACACCUCACGGGGGAACUCAACUCGAGCCAGACCGCCUCGCUCUGCGGUCUGGCUGAUGUCACCACGGCCUGAGACACAACAACAUGGCAAAACAGGUUGAAAAAUACUGACGUUACCCUUUAAGAAGAGGAGUUGCAUCUUCUUAAGAGCAAAGCAGCAUUUCUUUACAUCUUUUGUCUUUUUGAUAAUCACACUUUGAGAAUGAACCUGAAAGACCUUUUUAAAACUCUGCUCGGAUACUUCAACUCUUUUCAGAUUUCUCAGCUGUAUGUUAUCUUCGACAACUGAGUUGUGUUGUUGUCUUUUCUUCCCCACUUUUCUAUUUUGUCUGCGUCCUUUGUUGUAAUUCAGUAAUUUUUAAUAAACAAUUAAAAGGAACAAGCCUUUUCUGUGA